AGGAGGGAAGGGGCAGAAUGACGUUUGUACCCUAGGAAGACCGCCUCUGGUUUUAAGAUGUUAGGCCAACAGGGAAGGGGCUGAGCCGCUGCUCGGGUCCGCUGCUUGCUUGGGUGCUGUGAGCGAAUCUGAGUGUGAGGCAGGGCUAGAGAAAGGGGUUUGUGCGAGUGUAAGUGUGCUUGUCUGUGAGUGUCCGUGAGCGUCUGUGUGUGGUGUGUGUGUAUGUGUGUCUGUGUUCGGGGAAGGACUCUCGCCGCUGCUGCUGCCGCCGCCUCUUUGGAUAUGAUUUCAUCUACCUGUCCCUGUCACUCUUGACACUCCUCUGUCAGUGCUGCUUGCAAAGGGGGCGGGCAGAAGUCGUGCUUUUUCGGGUGAUUAUCAUUAGGCUUACUCAUCCGAGGGCUUCUUUUUCUCCCCCUACUCUUUCUUCCUUUUGACCCUGGAGCUGUCUCCAGAAGGAUCCCGCUAAGCCGUGCUCUCCUUCCCACCCCACCCCCAGACCCUUCAAACCCCAUGCCUCUCUUUUCUUUGGGAUUGGGACACCUUCUGGGUCCGGCAGGGUUCUCCCACUGAGACAUCCUGAAGAGCUCUCUCUGUAAACAGGGUAACUGACGAGUGGUUUCUUGGACCCGGCUCUUGCCACUGCCUCUGCUAUCUAUCUGUGUUUCGGAGCGCUUGGCGGGCAGCGGCGGCAGCGGCUGUGGCCCGGGACGGCGAGCCUGGAGGGCAGCUCGGAGCUAGAGGCUGUGGUCACUGGACUUGGGGGGUGGGGGGUGGGGGGUGUAAGGGCGCUUUCCGAAGACUUGCAGCGAGACGCUUGGCGUUGCGCUUCCUUUGGUCAAUGAACUGCAUGAAAACCCCGUUCCACUUGGAGCAUCGAGCCGCAGGGACUAAGCUGUCUUCCUCCUUCUCCUCUUCCUCCUCUUCCUCCUUCUGUCACCAUCAUCAACCACCACUGGCCAUGGCUUCGGUUCUGGCUCCAGGGCAGCCACGCUCGCUGGACUCCUCCAAGCACCGGCUGGAGGUGCACACCAUCUCAGACACUUCCAGUCCCGAGGCCGCAGAGAAAGAUAAAAGCCAACAGAGCAAGAAUGAGGACACGGGGGCUGAGGACCCAUCCAAGAAGAAGCGACAGAGGAGGCAGCGUACCCACUUCACCAGCCAACAGCUUCAAGAAUUGGAAGCCACUUUCCAAAGGAACCGCUACCCGGACAUGUCCACCCGAGAAGAGAUCGCCGUGUGGACCAACCUCACGGAAGCUAGAGUGCGGGUUUGGUUCAAGAAUCGCCGGGCCAAAUGGAGAAAGAGGGAGAGGAAUCAGCAAGCUGAGCUGUGCAAAAACGGCUUUGGGCCCCAGUUCAACGGCCUCAUGCAGCCCUACGACGACAUGUACCCAGGCUACUCCUACAACAAUUGGGCUGCCAAGGGCCUCACUUCAGCUUCCCUAUCUACUAAGAGUUUCCCCUUCUUCAACUCAAUGAACGUCAACCCCCUGUCCUCACAGAGCAUGUUCUCCCCGCCUAACUCCAUCUCAUCCAUGAGCAUGUCGUCCAGCAUGGUGCCCUCGGCGGUGACUGGCGUCCCGGGCUCCAGCCUCAACAGCCUGAAUAACUUGAACAACCUGAGCAGCCCCUCGCUGAACUCGGCGGUGCCGACCCCCGCCUGCCCCUAUGCGCCGCCGACCCCUCCGUACGUUUACAGGGACACGUGUAACUCUAGCUUGGCCAGCCUGAGACUAAAAGCGAAGCAACACUCCAGCUUCGGGUACGCCAGCGUGCAGAACCCGGCGUCCAAUCUGAGCGCCUGCCAGUAUGCGGUGGACAGACCCGUGUGAACCCCGGAGCCACCAAAGCGCCAAUCCAGAAAGCGAGCGGGCAGGCGGGUGGGCGGGCGGGGGGCAACCGAUUUUUAAAUACUGAAUGGGAAAAUCCCUUCCUGGAAAGACUGAGAAUUCUACUAGAAAGUAAUGGGCACGAAAGAGACAGGGAGCGAAAGAGAGAGAGAGAGAGAAAGAGAGAGAAGGAAACCACUGAAAUAAAGAGCGCUCUUUUGUUUUCGAAGGAAUUUCCUCAGUUUCUGACAUCUUUCACUAAAAGUAUUUCCGACAGUAACAAGGACAUAUAUAUAAAUAUAUAUGGACAAAUGUUUGACUGGAUAUGACAUUUUAAUGUUACUAUAAGCUUGUUAUUUUUUAAGUUUAGCAUUGUUAACAUUAAAAAUGACUGAAAGGAUGUAUAUAUAUGGAAAUGUCAAAUUAAUUUUAUAAAAGCAGUUGUUAGUAAUAUCACAACAGUGUUUUUAAAGGUUAGGCUUUAAAAUAAAGCAUGUUAUACAGAAGCGAUUAGGAUUUUCGCUUGCGAGCAAGGGAAUGUAUAUACUAAAUGCGACACUGUAUGUUUCUAACAUAUUAUUAUUAUAAAAAACAUUGUGUGAAUAUCAGUUUUAGAAUAGUUCCUCUGGUGGAUGCAAUGAUGUUUCUGAAAACUGCGAUGUAAAACCUGCCCUGUGUAUAACAUUUCGUACUAUAUUAUUGUUUUACUUUUCAGCAAACAUGAAAAAAUGUGUUUUAUUUCAUGGGAGUAAAAUAUACCGCAUACA